UUUGAUGGCCGCUGUAGGAAGAGACAUUAUUGUAUGAUACGUUUUCAAUAGCUUGUUGCCAUAGACUUGGAAAGAUUCUUGUAAUGUAACAUGGCUUCAUCUGCAACAAGAACCAAAGAGAACUGUGCACCUAGAAGUAAAAGCAAGAUUCCAGUUUCGACUAAACAAAAGUCAAAGAAAGUGAAGCCAGUUCCAAAUUUCUCCAAACUUCAUGAUGAGUGGAACAGGAAGUUUGAAAUGGGAAAAGCUUGUCAUAGAAAGUGCACGACAUUGGUUAAUGAAUUUGAUUUGACUCGGCCAGGCACUAAGUUUUCUCAUGCAACAGUGACAGAAAACAAAGAGAAUGUUACGUGUUUCACUCCCGACAUGAAGUCGCUCCACAAUAUUGUGUCGGAUAAAGAACUUGGCAACUCCAUGACGACUGGACGAGCUACAAUAGCAACAUCAAGAUUACACAAGCAAACGAAGAACAGAUGUGCGUUUUCCGAACUGGCAUGUCAGAAUUCUCCUUCAAAGAAGCAGAAGGUGUCCAGUAGACUUGCACAUGAACAACAGCAGAAUGGAAUCAGCUUUGAAAGCGACAGAGCUGCUCUGAAGAGCAUUGUAUCUGAUGAGGGUAUUAAGACACCACAGCAAGCGGGUCGAAUAAUGCUCGCACAAACAUGCUUUACUUCCCUGCAGCAGGCCCCAAGAAACUCCAUCUACUUUCAAGGACAGCCCCGUAUGUCGCUGUACGAAUCGCUGACACAGCACAAAAACUGGGUGAAGUCUCGUCUAGGUGCACAAUCGUCAAACGUUAGUGGGGUGAAACAGGAAGACAGUGGGGUGCAUUCCAGUGGGGUGCAUACAGAGAUGGGCACCUCGGACAGUUCUAAGACAUGUACAGACAAACCUCACAACGAGCAGAUACAACAGAGUUCCACACAGCUACACAGUGAACAAGGAUGUUCGACUCCCAAAUCUACCCAGUCAGUUGUGUUUCGCGAGUCACCCUAUGUUAGGGGUCCAAUUGUGGAGCCGAUGAGACAGUCGAUUUAUGUCAACGUCGUCCACAGGUCGAUUUUAACGCCCACAUCAGCAUCACAGCGUCGGCCCACCUGCAACAAGGCCAAGAGUACAGAGGCUCGGAGGGUACUCAACCCUAACUUCAAACACAUGACCCCUAACAACAUAUACACCAAAGAAGAAUCUACAUCAGUGAAGAAAAUUCGGAAGACAUUGCGAUGGGCUGAUAUUUUAGAAAGUCCCUCCACGUUUAAAUCACCAAAACAGGAACCAGCUGAGCAUUUAGAAGAGGUGAUCAGAGAGGCCAGUGUGGUAGAAGCACCGAGCGUCGCUGCUGACGAUGGCACUGGUCGGAGUAGAAGUGAGAUCAGGCGGCCGCUGUACUGUGGUGGUGAAUCAUCAUCGGCCGCUGCAGUGACUCAUCCUCCUGUUCCCGACUCUCCAGCCCAGCACCAGCCUCCACUGUGUUCAGCUCAUCACAGCACCCCAGAGCCACACACAGCACGCAGGCAUGCUGACUCGGCGCUGCUGCUGCUACACCGCACUCACGACGACAUCAGCACUGACGGCGGAGUGGAUGCUGCUGCUGAUCACGUCCUGACUGCUGCAGCCGCCGGUGACUCUCGCUGUGACAGCGAUGACAGUUACAGCACACAAAUUAAGGUUCUGGAUGAGCAGAAGAGAAAAAUUCAAAGUGAAAUGCUGCAACUCAAGGUGGCGAUGGAGGAGGAGAGAAGAGGACAAGUUGAUAGUCAACAUCAUCAUCAUCAGUUAGCUCAUCAUUCCAUCAACCACCUGCCUCAUGCCAUAACACCCGUUUCCCAUCCACCUCAUCAUCCUGUGAACCCAUUACAACCGCAUCUAGCAGCAGACAACCACCCACAUUUGGCAUCCAGUCAUCUCGCCAUGCAGACCCUGCCUCCAUUCACGCCAAGUGCCAUUCCCCAGCCCAGCUUCGAUCUUCCAUCAGACAUCAUCAGCCUGCAGUCUAGUCUGGGAAACAUCGACCAACCCAUUGAAGUAUCAGACGUUCACUUGACCAUCAUACAGCAACUCGAUGCAGCUAAACGGAAGCAGGAGGAGCUGGCGAAGAUCCGCCUUCAUCUGGAACAGCAGCUGCGCUUGUGUUCCAUCAAGGAGCAGGCUGUUGCACCCAUCCACCAGACCGACAACAGUUCACACGCAUCUGCUGGGCAACCUGCUGGCAUCGGUCUGGUGUCUCCUAUAGCAGAGUGCAACAACAAUGAUCUCAAAGACAGUGUGUCAUGCAUUCCUACAGAAUGUCCACCCUGCAGGCAGGAACAUGAGACUGUGGACACCGGCAACAUCAAUGACAAUCACUGCCGCAACAGCAAAAGCAGCAGCAGUUCACAAACUGCUGUGACCAAUGAGCCGGAAAAUGAAAUGGAAGUAUAUCGUGCUGGUCAUGAUGCUAAAACAGAACAUGUGUUGAUGAACACAGAAACAAGUCAAGCUAGUGAGAAUGUGCUAGGCGGGACAUCCUCUGGAGGACUUGAAGCGUCAGAUUUCUCUUCAACAUCUUGGUGUAGAAGUCAUCGGAAGUUUAAGAGUAGAGACAGUAUGUUUGAAUUGGUAAUUCCAGGACAGUCAAAAUCUUUGGAAUCAGUAGUUCCAGGACAGUCAAAAUCUUUAUCUCAAGAAGAGAAUGUUCAGGGGGGUUUCCAUCCAGCUGAUGUAGAAGUACCACCAGACCGAACAACAGAUGUUAAUGAUCAACACUCUGAUUCUACAUCUCCCUCUGAGACACCCAUUGAAAGUGCUAAUGUUUUAACUCCAGACAUUUUCCUCUGUAAGAAAUCUGCUAACAUUGUCCUUCCAAAGCCAACAAUUCCACAAAAGUCAGAAUCGAGGAACACAAAAGCCUGUGAAUUUGGGAAAAUUGCACCUCCUAUUUGGACACCAUUGGCUCUAAAAGUGGCAGCGAGCUUGACAUCUUCAUAUCCUACAUCUGAUGUAGCUGCUGACUUGCCGACAAGCGAAUGUGCGUCAAACACUACAUGUGGUGAAGGUGUUGAUCUAACAAGUAAGUCUCCAUCACACAUGGUAACAUGUGUUCACAGCGCUGAUUUGACAAGACGAGAAGACCUGAACGUGAACAAUAACAGUGAUGUUUUAACAACGGGCGUCAUUCCUUCCCACGUACACCGGGAAUUGUGCAAGCUCGGGUCUUUGUCACUGAGAGCCAACCUAACACCAAGCAGAUGUCGGAUUCCAGAGAAGACGACCACGAUGUUUAGCUGCAGUCUGUACAUGGAUGCUCUAUUGGAUGACGAGGUUGCUUUCUUCUCCUGUCGACUGAGAACAUAUUUCUGUGACUCCAGUCAGGACAGAGGCUGUCGUGACCCAGUGGCCAUGACCCUGUCUGAAGGCGAUGAUAUGCAUUUUGUUCCGGUAGUUGGGGAUGGCACACACAAUGGACCUUUGAGCGGAUCAGCAUUCUCGUUGUAUUAGAUCGGAAGAUGGACUAUGAAAUAUGUAUUCAUACAACAUAAUGGCUGAGGAUAUUCAGUGUUAGUGUGCGGUGUGUGAUUGUGAGGCAGUUCGCAACUUACUAUUACUGUAGCUCUUCCCAGCUUCCAUGAACAUUGUUUUUUUGUAAAUAAUUUCAGGUUCAAUUGAGAGGGGUGGGGGUAGAAGUUUUUGGAAAUAACAAAAAAGCACUGUUUUUGUUGGCAAUUUAAAAAACCCAAUCAGUUCAAAAAUAAAUAGAUUGUGGUGCAUACCAUAGUAAAACAAAAAUGACGUUCACUGCAGCUGAGAAGGGCUAUAACCGGUUCCUCGGUCUAUUUACUAGACAAAUUUUUGUUUUGUUUUAAAUCUUCAUAACAUGUAGCUUAUAUGUUGAAAACAUUUUAAAUGUGUUUUACAAGAAAAAAAGAGAAAAGCAUUGUUGUUGUUUUUUAAAUCUAUUAUUAUUAUUAUUAUUAUUAUUAUUAUUAAAAUAUAAGAUUAAAAGUAAUGCUAGUUUUUGAUGCAUUUAAACAAGAAAUAAUACUGUUUCACUAAUAUUAGGUUACGAGCUGCUGUUGUGUGAUAUACAUGUACAUAUGUAAUUUAGCUAGUGGAACUUAUGCCUGGUGCAUUAAUCUGGAAAAUGGCAAAUAUGCAUCUAUUUAUCACACAUUGUUUUAACUGUGAGAUAUCAUUAUAUUGACCCAUUCAAAGUUAUAUACAUCUGUGUACCACACAUUGUUUUAACUGUAAGAUAUCAUUAUAAUAAUGAUCCAUUCAAAGUGAUAUACAUCUGUGUACCACACAUUGUUUUAACUGAGAUAUCAUUAUAUUGACACAUUCAAGUUAUAUACAUCUAUCUGUGUACCACACAUUGUUUUAACUGAGAUAUCAUUAUAAUGAUCCAUUCAAAGUUAUGUGCAUCUGUGUACCACACAUUGUUUUAACUGUGAGAUAUCAUUAUAUUGACACAUUCAAGUUAUAUACAUCUAUCUGUGUACCACACAUUGUUUUAACUGAGAUACCAUUAUAAUGAUCCAUUCAAAGUUAUGUACAUCUGUGUACCACACAUUGUUUUAACUGUGAGAUAUCAUUAUAUUGACCCAUUCAAAGUUAUAUACAUCUGUAUACCACACAUUGUUUAAACUGUGAGAUAUCAUUAUAUUGACCCAUUCAAAGUUAUAUACAUCUGUGUACCACACAUUGUUUUAACUGUGAGAUAUCAUUAUAUUGACCCAUUCAAAGUUAUAUACAUCUGUGUACCACACAUUGUUUUAACUGUGAGAUAUCAUUAUAUUGACCCAUUCAAAGUUAUAUACAUCUGUGUACCACACUGUGUUUGAGAUCAUUAUAUUGACCCAUUUGGGGUUGCAUGAAAACUUAUUUGAUUCUUUAAGGAAUCACGAUCAAGUCAACCUGUGUUAAUCAGACCAUUUGUGUAGUGAAUGUUUGGCACUUGGAGUUCAUUCCGUAAAAUAUAAUAUUUCUCCCUUGCCCUUGUAUUUAAAUGCAGUAACUGACUAAUAAAGGUAUACACUUGCUAAAAGAGUGAAAUGUAAUGCCAGUUUUUCCAGAAAAGGCCAGUAAUCACUCCCGCUCCCCACCCAACUUGGAAAGUUUUAGGAUUGUGGCAGAUUGAUCGCUUUAAUGUAAAUAAAUGGAAUACAUUUUAUAUAAAACUUCACAUGAUUGCUCGCCUAGCAUCAUUUCAGGAGAGGUAUCUUUAGCUUACCUUAAUUUUGUUCAUGCCAGACACUAUUGCUGUUAACCACAAUCAAAGAAAUAACCUGAAAUGUGUGGGGGGGUUUUGUUGUUUGUGGGGUUUUUUGUGGGGUUUUCUUCUCUUUUUUUUCUCUCCAACUCUGUUCUUUAUCCGCUGGCUUUACGUGAUCACUGCCAUUUGAUAAACCGAGUUCAGGUAUUGACUCUGUGAUAUUGUGUAGCUAAUAAAUAAAUGUUUGCAACUUUUUACAAAGUAAACCGGCCAGAUACAGGUAUUACGUUUUCAACGGUGAUAGUUCAACCUUUCUGUUACAGAUUUGUGUUUAGAUCAGUUUCUCAAAAACUACAAGUCCUAGGUUGGUGAAACCUGAUUUAUUGUUUCACCUAUGGAUGUUCAAUACGGUUUACCAAUAAUUUUUAUGGUAGGUGAGACAUUGUUCUUGUUAUCUCUUGAUAAUCAUAAAUGGAUUCUUUUUAUGCAAUGAUAACUUUGAGGCAGCUGCACAAUAAAUUUCUCUUUUUGUCUUUUCUUUUUCUUUUUUUGUUGUGUGAGGAGGGUGUUGUUUUGUUGGGUGUUUUUUUUCAUAUCUGUUUGUUCAAAGUCCUAAUUUGUCACACAAGCUUGUCAUAUUCCUGUGUGUUCUAAUGGAACAAAUAUCUUUAAUGUGUUUGUUAGGAAAUGAUAUUGGUCUUUUCACAUAAGAUAUUUCAUCACUUGCAAAACUUCAAACCUGUGUAUUAAACCCCCAGAGAAAAUGUCUUCUACUACAGUCAUACUGCAUUUUGUAAAGCAUUUUUCUGUAGUACAGUAUAGAUUUGUCAGAUUAAAAGAAUAAAAAAUUAAGAUGAAUAUUAUGAUUUUACAAUUAAACUUAUCAUUUUUAAAAACCCCCACACAAAACUCCCCAAACAAACAAGGAAAACAUGUCCCUGGCUCAUUUGUAGUCUAUUCCUAACACACAGUUAUUAGCAAUUAUAUGUAGGUUAUUUUGCCCUUUGACUGAAUUAAUGAACGGCACCUUGAGCAUGUACAGGUAGUUAGUGCUGAAUCCAUUGUCUGUUUUCUAUUAAUACCAUUAUUCCAUGCCUUUUAGAAAUAUGUUCUUUUAGUUUUGUGCAAUAUGUAAUAUAACAAUAAUAGCGUUAAUAGCUGCAGAUGUUUUUCUGUAAUCCAGAUUAGUAAAAACAGCCCUGGCUCACAUAAUUUCUUUCAUUCUCUCUCUCUCUCUCUCUCUCUCUCUCUCUCUCUCUCUCUCUCUCUCUCUCUCUCUCUCUCUCUCUCUCGUAAUAUAAUUUAAAAAAUUAUAUAUAUUAUAAUAAACAUUUUAAAAUGUUAAACUACUAAUGUGGCUUGUUACAUGUUAUAGCAGACUAAGUGGGGUUUAAAAAAAAGAGAAAGUCAUAGACAAAGUUUACAUCAUUUCCUCUCAUAAUGUAGCAGCACUCCAUUCAUAUUAUAAUGUUGUUGUCUUUUUGAUAGGGAUCCGUUUUACGAUAUGUUUGUGUUUCUGAUGUGCUGUGAUACAAACCGACAACUGUUCUGGCAAGAACAUUCUUUUUGUUGAUUUUUAUUGUAAACUCUGUUAAUAUCUCGCCAUGUCUAUAUUUUGAUACUAGACUCCACCAAUUUACUGGUUCUUUGUGUAUGGGAUUGUUACUUGUUGGUUUUUCUUGUCAAAAUUUGUCACAGUGAUAAAUAUAUAUAGGCCUAUAUAUAUAUAUAUAUAUAUAUACAGUUUGAAGUUGUUUGUAAAUAAAUCAAAUGAAUACCCAUGGUUAAAAUAUAUAUUAUAAUGAGUCUGUGAAAGCAGCCAUUGGCUGAAUUGGUUGUUAUGUGAUUGUGAACAAAUGACUAAUGCCGCUUGGCAUACCAUGCAUGAAGGUUGGAGGUGGUUUUACUCCCUGUCUAUACAUGUAUGUACCAGUAGUGUAACACUGUUCUCCACUGUAGCCUUCAUUCCACAAACAUAGCCUUCAUUGUUCACCAGGUGUUAGUCACUUGAUCAAAGGUUUGGCCGGGAUUUAACUCAGUCGGUUGAGUACUCGCAUGAGGUGCUUGCGUCGCAGGAUCGAACCACCUUGGUGGAUCCAUUCCGCUAAAUGGGUUUUUUGUCGUUCCCAAGCAGUGCACCACAACUGGUCAACUUUUUCUCUUUGUUUAUCAAAUGUUUUGUCAUUGACUGUAACAUAUUGCACACAUAACCAUUAUGUCUACUACGGUGUGUUUAAGAAAAAGUGCAUUUCAGUUGUCAUUCUAAAUCUGUUGUACUAAUGUUGAUAUUUGUCUUUCCUUUAGUGUUUUUAAUGUAAGCAGCAAGUCUUCUGUAAAUGACAACAUUGUACUAUACUUAGUUAUUUUUAUUUUUUAUUUAGAUACAGUUAAUAUUUUAGUAUUAAUAUAAAUUGAAUGUUCCUUUUGAACCCUGAGUGCAAUAAUUAGCUGUAAAUUAGGCAGCUAAAAAUGGAUUCAUGUGUUAGGUGUACAUUAUAUUGUUGUCUAGUGUGUAGGACAAAACUUUAAAUUUAUUUAUUUAUUUAUUUGUCUUUUUAAUUAACAUCAUAAUUUAAAGUUUGGUGCAACAGAUCCAUUUUCAUUUCAUCAUUUUAUUAUUACUGUAAAUUUAGCAAAAUCCAAAUAAGUAACAUUAUUAGUGACAUAAAUUUAGCGAGGUAGUUAUAUCAGUAAUUGAAAAAAAGAAUAAAGCUUAAGAUGAAGCUUAGCUAAAAUAAUAUUGUUGACCAGUUUUGAUGUUAAAGGUCCUAUGUCAAAGUUGAAAUGACAAUAUUCCGUUAAUCUCACAUUUAUUUGCAAGAACUACAAAUUAAUCAAUCACACACAUAAUAUUUCCAUAAUUAACUCAAUAAUAAAUAAUUGUUUAAAGUCGAACAACAAGAGGGGUUCCCAAAUAAUUUGUGGCUAAAUAUAGCAUAGUAACUAUCUUUGUCAGUUGUUUGCAAAGAAUUAUAGAAAAAUCUUCGUGUGAACGUGUACACAUAAAACAGUGACAUCACUAGUUAAUUUGUGUGACACACUCAGGAUUCCCCCCUAAAAUAAAAGUUUUUCUACUAGUAAAUGGAAUUAUUUGGUUGUAAUUUUUUAUAGGCAUAUAGCUGAAGGUAUAAACUUUGUUUUAAAGCAAAAAAUAUAUAUAUUUGGCGGGACCCUCCAUUAAUGCAACUUUGACAUAGCACCUUUAAGCAGCUUACAGAUAACUUAAAAUUUAGUAGAAAAUUGCAGUAAUGUCCCUGCUGACUACCUAUGGUUGUGUGCUAUUCUUUUAUGUGGUCAGUUAAUCACCAACAAACAAUUUAGACAUUUUUUUCCAGAACAGUCUGUUGUACGUCUCUUUAAGUUUACUGUCGUGAAAUAUUAGCAUCUUGUAUGGCCUUGUAAAAUACGCUAAACUUUUAUGCUGGCUAACAUUUCCUGAUUUACAGUAUGUAUACAUGUUUAACUGAUAUUAUUAAUAUGCAAGUUUUUUGGGAGGUUUUGUUGGGUUUGUUUAUUUGUUGGGUUUUGGGGGUGUUUUUGUGCAAUAUAAGCUGAAGUUUGGAAUGUAUAUAUAAAUCCAGUCAGAUACAGGUAUUGUCUUAUGUUGAAGCUGAACUUUGUCUUAUAGUAAACAUUAUGACAGUUCAAGUUGAAUAACAAUUUUUUUAUGGAUUAAAGUUUUUGUGUUUAAUCUGGAUGAACAUUAAAACAUUUUUUCUAUGUCAAAUCUACAGCACUUUUAGCAUUUUGUUGUAAUAUUUUUAGCUAAUCUGUACUGAUUAAUGAUUCUUUUUUUUUCUUUUUUCUUUCCAAUGUCCAUAGAUGUUACAGGCAUGAGUUUUUGAAAAUACAUGUAAUGUGCAUACAGA